AUGCGUAGUAUCAUUCUGAGGAGUUGUGAUGGUGCGGACCAUGUAGUAGCUCAAGAAGCCGCGUGCCUGUCCAAGACGGUACAGAGUCUGCUGGAAGAGCUUGAAGAAAGCACCUUGGUUGUGCCCCUUCCAAAUGUCUGUGAUUGCACGCUCAGAAAGGUGCUGCAGUAUUGCACCCAGCACACAGCGUUGCAAAGGCGAGUGACAGACAUUUCAGAUGAGCUCAGGACAAGAGAGAUGGAAGCCUGGGACAAAAGAUAUAUAAUGGUGAGCACAGAUGAGCUCUAUCAUUUGGUGAUGGCAGCUCACUACCUAAAUGUACCUGGCUUGCUAGAGCUCUGCUGCGAAGGCAUAGCAAACCUCAUACGUGGCAAGUCCCCUGAGCAUGUGCGCCAGUGCUUCGGCCUGGUGAAGAAUUUUGAAGCCCCAGAGGAAGAGAACAUACGUCGCACAAACCUCUGGGCGCUUGUAGACGAGAAAGAGCAGGCAAAGAAGUGA